UGUUGUAUGUUUGCACACAGCCUUUCUCUGGGGGGCUCCCUUGAGCUCUACUGACUAGAGAGCAGACGAAGGAGAGGCCCAGAAGCCUCAACUCCAGGGGACAAGGGCAUCGCCUCCUUUACUGAAGGACACUCCCUUCAGAUGGAGAAUGGGAACUCCCUUCCUCCUGCAGUGGUCUGUCUGCAGCUAUCCUGCUAGGUCAGUGUGGAUGUGGUAGGCAUUGCAGCUGACCUGGUCUGGGGAGAAGGCGCCUCAGAGUCAAAGUGCAGAGAGCUGCAGAGAGCUGGCCUAGGCUGCUGAGAAGUAGCUGCAGCGGGUGACAGUGACCAACACACAGCAGAGGACUCCCCAUGUAUUUUCCUUCCCCUGGGACAAUCAGAGAGCAACAGCCCUCUGCCUGCAAGCUUGUCAGCCCUGAAAGCACCAUAGCCACACAGAAAAACCAUGGCUGAAGGAGAAAUCACCACCUUCACGGCCCUGACUGAGAAGUUUAAUCUGCCACUAGGGAAUUACAAGAAGCCCAAGCUCCUCUACUGUAGCAACGGGGGCCACUUCCUGAGGAUCCUUCCAGAUGGCACCGUGGAUGGGACAAGGGACAGGAGCGACCAGCAUAUUCAGCUGCAGCUCAGUGCGGAAAGCGUGGGGGAGGUGUAUAUAAAGAGUACGGAGACUGGCCAGUACUUGGCCAUGGACACCGACGGGCUUUUAUACGGCUCACAAACACCAAAUGAGGAAUGUCUGUUCCUUGAAAGGCUGGAAGAGAACCAUUACAAUACCUACACAUCCAAGAAGCAUGCCGAGAAGAACUGGUUUGUUGGCCUCAAGAAGAAUGGAAGCUGCAAGCGUGGUCCUCGGACUCAUUAUGGCCAGAAAGCUAUUUUGUUUCUCCCCCUGCCAGUUUCCUCUGAUUAAAGAAAUCUGUUCUGGGUGCUGACCACUCCAGAGGAGCCUGAAGGGGUCCUCACCCAGUUGACCCUAGAUUGUUCCCUUGACCAUUGGCUGUGCUGACCCCUGGCCCACAGAGCCUGAAUUUGUAAGCAAUGCGCUUCUUAAUGCCCAUUCACUUUUUUGCAGAACCCUUUACCUCAGCACAGUUUGAAACAAAGGGACCAAAUCCUGUCUAGGGGACAAAUGACUGAUCAGUCCAGGUCAGGUUUGGAUGUCCAGUUGCCUCUGGGUACCAACAAGAUGAAGUUUUCGAUGCAAAGGUGGGGGUAAAGGAAGUGAGGUAAGGGGUCUGCCAAAGUGGAGCAUUAGUAACUGCACACAGUUCCUGCUACUGAGUAAUCCCAUCUGUGAUUCCACCUCCCCCCCCCCACCCCAUCCAGCAUGAUUCCCUUUUGUCCUUUCAAUAUCCACAAGAAUUAGCAGAGACACUUAUAAUUAAGCAGAAGGAAAGCAGUGUUCCAUGAGUAGAAAUGGGGUGAAAAGACUUCCCUCUCAAGGACAAAAGGGAUUGAAAUGGUAAGGGGAAGCUGAACUUUGACGGACAGAUUAGAAGGAUCCCAACUCAAAAUAAGUAAAGGAUAGGAGACUCAGUCACAGGAAAACAAAAUAAACUCACAAAUUUGAGAGUCAUUCCCCAUGCCUUGAUUACUCAAGGUUUUAGGGCAACAGGAAGCCCCUGGAUGGUAUCAGGUGGAAAGCAUAAGAGGUGGAUUCUUGAAAAAGGCAAGGCGUUUCAAUAUUGACAAUUUCACUUGGGUCCAAGGAGUGGAUGUGAGUAAAGCAAAAGAAAAGGAAACAUGGACUUAGGGGAUUCUUUGCUUUAAAGAGGAUGAUUCUAGAAGUGGGAAAGAAAAGAGAUUGGGGUACCAUGACUUUUGCUCAGUCAUUAGACAGCAGAGAGCUCUUGGAGUCUUAGGGCAAUGCUUGCAAGUCACAAAGAAUCUUCUUUGAAUGUAGAUUCUGCUUCAGAGGGCCUGGGAUGAACAUUCUGCCUUUCUAACAGGUUCCCAUAUACUAUAGAUGCUGUUACCUUUCCCCACCAUAGUUUAAGCAGCAAAGUCCUGAAGAAUAACAUCCAAAUAUAGGUGACUUAAACCCAACCCGCCCCAAACAUGCUCUGGUCUUACCCUUAAAAAAAUGCAGACCUUUUGAAUCUGUGUGAGCAUUCAGGCAGCACCUAUACCAGUUCUGUUGUGCUAAGGAUCACAGAUUUAAAGUGCGAUAUAUGGCCCAAUGCCUAUUUAGAAAACACACAAACACAUACUUCAAAAUAUUAAACACUGACAAACAGGUUUCCCAAGAGAGUAUUUGUGUUAUGGUUAUGUGAUAAAUGUUUCCUGCUUAAAGUAAACUUGACCCAAGGGGCUAGCAAAUUAGAAACACCAUUCAUCUCUGGUACAGGGUACCAUUGCCAUGUAAAGACUUUGAAUAAGCCAUUUAAAUUUACUGUGAGAUUGUAUGUUUUAAUCAUAUUAAAAAUAUAUAGCUCAAAGGAAUUAAGCUGAUUAGAAUCCAGCCACUGAAAAUGAUAAAAGUAGGAUAUGACGUAUAAGUUACUCAUUGACCUAGUAUAUAUUCUACUUUCACAUUCUGUUUUGUUUUGUCUUCCACUGUGUUGUUAUACAUUUUCCUUUGAGAUAGGGACUUUUAAGAAUUUAUAUGGUAAUUGUGGAUGAAAUUUGAUAAGAGUAUUAUGAUUUAUAAGGAAUUGAGAAAAUUAUUAACUAGAAAUAACUCCUUGGUAAUUGAACUGUCAUAUUUAGGAUGGAAGAAAAACAACAAAUUGUGAAAACUCAAAAUGAUAAUUCAUGUGCAUUGGUGGUAUAGUGGUGAGCAUAGCUGCCUUCCAUAGUGAUAAUGCAAUUAAGGAACUGAACUAAGUGAAAACCAUGGCUAAUACUACUAGUCUGCAUCUAGACAGCAAAGUGAUCUCAUAACUUUGUUAUUGUAACUUGAAUAAGACAAUUUUUUUUAUUUUAGUAAAUCAUUAUAGACAUGUUGGGGAUAGAGCAAUGUGAUUUAACUUCUCUUUACUAUGAAGACUUGGCCAGGAAGAAAGAAAGAAAGAAAGAAAGAAAGAAAGAAAGAAAGAAAGAAAGAAAGAAAGAAAAGUCCCAAGAUAUUACCAGUGGCAGAUACUUUUUAGCUUCUAAAACAAAUUCAAGUAUUACAGCAGUCAAGGAAAAUAAAACUUCAUUACUAAUAGAUCAGACCUGUGGUAUCAGGCACCCAAGACACUGAAGAAGAAACAUCAUUAUGGCUCAAAACAACCCCAUUCCAGUCAUCAUGGGUGCAUUCAUUCAAUAAAUCAUUAUGUACCUGUUUUGUACCAGGCACUGUACUGAGUUCUGUGGCCCCUGGGAACCUGUCUGCCUGGCUUGCUGCUAUAUUCCCUCCCAGGGCAUCAUAUUUGUGAUGAAAGAUACUGUGGAUUCAAUCUGUAUAGUCAAAUGCCAAGAGAGAUUUUGUUGGGUCCUUCUGAAUAAAUAGAAAGUGUCUGAAAGCCAGGUUUGGAAAGAAUUAGAAAGCUUAAGCCUAAGAUCAACUCCAACCAAAGUGUCAGAGGACAUGGCAAGGUAAACCUAACACUUUGAACUGCCAUUAAAUCAGGAAGAGAGCCUGUCAGAUCUUGUAAGAAGAGGAGGCUGGCAGUUUCCCACUCUGUUUUGAGCAUGCUCUCUAGUUUCUUAAUGGUGAAACAUUUCAAUUGUUUUCUCUCUCUCCCUUAAGUCUUUUAGCUAUAAACAGUUAUGUGCCUGUUGUAUGGAUUUACUUCUAGGCUAGCUGGUUAUGAGCUACCUUAUAUUCUCUACAAAGUAUCAAGAACGUACAUGAUUUUGAUUAUUUUCAGUGUGGUAGUGGAGUAAGUGGUGAUGUUUCCGUGGAAGGGAUGAUAAUUAAGGUCACCUAUGACCAACAGUGUAUAGUUAAAAAGCUGACAAAAGCAUAAUCUAUUAGUGAAGAUCAAGUCCUUUGCAUUUUGUGAGAGGCUAUAGAGCCCACAUCUUCAGCCUUGUAGAAGAAAUAUAUUGGCAGAUUAACCCAGAUCAUAAGGCUGUAAUAAAUGAAGAUGCCUGUCAUUUGACAUCACUCUCUCUUUUGCACCUUACAAGUAUUAAUAAAUAUUAUACUAAUAGGUAACAA